GAUACCUUCAACUCAGAAAUUCUUCUUUCAUGCUAGUGAUUUUUAUCAUGUUAAGUAAAAACAGGUAAUAGCCAUGGGGAAUUGCUUGGUUUUGCAAGACAAGCUAAUCAAGGUUAUGAAAACAGAUGGAAAAAUCCUGGAAUAUCAAGCACCCAUCAAAGUUCACCAAGUGUUGUCAGAAUUCUCAGGUCAUGCACUGUCUGAAUCUUUUCCAGGCUUGCAGCAUCUCCUGCCAGAUGCAGAACUAUUUUCCGGAAACUUAUACUAUCUUAUACCUCUUCCUUCAUCAUCCUCAAAGGUCAAAAAGAAGGUGAGGUUUUCAAUUCCGGAGGUGGAUGAUGAACAAGGAACUGGUACUGUGAGGAUUAAGCUGGUGAUCAGUAAGCAAGAAUUGCAGGAGAUGCUUCACAGAAAAGGACUUUCAGUUCAUGAGAUGAUCUCUAAGGCUCAGAGCAAACAACAAAGUGAAAGCAAGACUGUUAUGGCAGAUGGUGAUGAUAAUUGCAGAGGAUGGAAGCCUGCAUUAGAAAGCAUAGUUGAAGUAGACUAGUAAAGCAUGUAUACCAUAAUAAAUUAAAAACAAAUCA